AUGCGGUGGCUGUUGAGGAGGUGUGGCCAGUCGGCGGUGAUCGGGAAUGGAUCGAGCAAUUCGUUUUCUCCGUCAAGGUUAGAGUUUAGCGAGGUGAGGAGGAGUUUGGUGACGAGCUGCAGAGCAGUGUUACUGCCGCGGUUCGGGGGGCCGGAGGCGCUGGAGCUCAGGGACGACGUCGGCGUACCUGAUCUCAAGCCUAACGAGGUCCUCGUGCGGGCUCGGGCCGUCUCGGUCAAUCCGUUGGACUGCAGGAUGCGCGAAGGAUAUGGCCGUUCACUGUUCGAACCACUUUUGCCAUUGAUAUUAGGCCGUGAUGUUAGUGGUGAAGUUGCAGCUGUUGGAAGUUCUGUGCGUUCUCUCAGCAUUGGCCAAGAAGUAUUUGGUGCAUUGCAUCCUACUGCCGUGAGGGGUACUUAUGUGGACUAUGCAAUUCUCGCAGAAGAUGAACUUGUUCGAAAGCCAGAAUCAAUUUCGCAUGUGGAAGCAAGUGCUAUCCCGUUUGCUGCCUUGACUGCUUGGCGUGCUCUGAGAAGCACAGCAGAUAUAAAAGAGGGUCAAAGAGUGUUGGUGUUGGGUGGAGGUGGAGCUGUAGGCUUUUCAGCAAUUCAGCUUGCUGUUGCCUAUGGAUGUAAUGUCUGUACAACCUGUGGAAGUGAAAGUAUUAGCCGUAUGUUAGCAGCUGGUGCCGAGCAGGCUGUUGAUUAUGCAACUGAGAAUUACGAAGUAUCCCUUAAAGGAUACUUUGAUGCCGUAUUAGACACAAUUGGGGUACCCGAGACUGAGAGGAUUGGUGUCAAUGUCUUGAAGAAAGGUGGGCAUUACAUGACAUUGCAGGGAGAAUCUGCAUCCUUGACCGAUACGUACGGUCUCAUGAUUGGCCUUCCAUUGUCAACUGCAAUUUUACUCAAGAAGCAAAUGCAAUAUCGAUAUUCUCAUGGGAUAGAAUAUCAUUGGACUUACAUGAGGUCAGACGAUGAAGGUUUAGAAGAAAUUCGGCGGCUCUCUGAGGCCGGGAAGCUGAAAGUGCCAGUUGAGAAGACUUUUCCCAUUGCACAGGUUAGAGAGGCCCACGAGGCUAAGGACAAGAGACUCGUUUUCGGUAAAGUUGUUCUAGAACUUGAUUAA